AUGGCGACAACGGUAGCCACGCGGUUGGAUCAGCUCAUACAGCAGUACGAGGCAUUGCACCCGUUGUCUAAACAAGCAUUCGAGAGGGCUCGUCGCGUCUUGCCAUCAGGGAAUACACGCUCGUCGCUAUAUUCCGAUCCCUUCCCAUUGGCCAUCCAGUCUGCAGAGGGCAGCCGUUUCACAACAGUCGACGGUAUCGUAUUCGAGGACUUCGUGUCGGAUUAUACGGCCGGGAUAUAUGGCCAUUCGCACCCGGUGAUCCGCGACGCGAUCCAGGACGCUCUGUCCACGGGGUUCAGCCUGGGCGGCGUGAUCGGGAAGGAAGCUGAGCUGGCGGAGAUACUGCAGCGACGGAUCCCUUCGUUGGAGAAAGUCAGGUUUUGCAAUUCGGGCACUGAGGCGAAUACUUUUGCUAUUGCUACUGCUAUUGCGUUUACGCAGCGGAAAAAGAUUCUGGUCUUCGACAAAGGCUACCAUGGGGGCACAUUGAACUUCGGCAAGGCCGACAAUCCAAUGAACCUGCCGCAUCAAUUUGUCAUUGGAAAGUACAAUGACGUUGCUGAAACCAAGCCGUUCAUCACCCAAGAGCUCGCAGCGAUCCUGGUCGAACCCAUGCAAUCUGCCGGGGGUAUGCGUCCCGCUUCCCGCGAGUUCCUCGCCUUCCUCCGCCAAGCAGCCGAUGAGGUCGGCGCCCUGUUAAUAUUCGACGAGGUUGUCACGACCCGUCUGCACUACCACGGGCUCCAGGGCGCCCUCGAUAUCAAACCCGACAUGACCACAGUGGGAAAAUAUCUCGGCGGCGGACUCCCCUUCGGCGCCUUUGGCGGACGCGCAGAGAUCAUGGAUCAGUACGAUAUAUCGGGCUCGCUCUCCCACUCGGGUACCUUCAACAACAACGUCUUUACCAUGACAGCUGCCGUGGCGGCCGCGAAACUCAUCACAGAGCCAGAAAUUGAACGACUCAACAGUCUAGGAACGCGGCUCCGUGAACGGGCCAACGAGAUGGCCAGGAACGCUGGGCUCACUCGGUUAUACUUCACCGGGUAUGGGAGUACCGUGGGCGUUCAUUCUACUGGGGACGAGGCUUCUCUCUUGUUGGACUCUUUCUACUUCAGUAUGUUGAGCCAGGGCAUUUUUAUCGGGCGACGGGGAUUCAUAGCGCUGAAUUUGAUGCAUGGGGAGGAGUCUAUCGAUCGGUUUCUGGGGGCGGUUAGGGUGUUCCUGCGAGACCAUUUUACCGUAUGA